AUUGGAAUAUAUAAGGAAUCUUCUGUAUACACAGUCAGGAAUUUUUCUCAGUCAAUUAAAUUGCACUUAAUAACUAUCUACUACUAGUCAAGAGCAACUUCAGUCCGUUAAUGACAGAGAAGACGUAGAAUAGCAUGGCCAGUGUCUUUGCCGGGUGGGGUCCCGGUAGAACUCAUCUCUUCUUCCGUUUCUUUCCCGGCCCCUUUUCGGCUCUGCCUGCCCAGACCUCACGCGGGGUUUUGGUAUUUACAGCGCCCGGUCCUUCUCCUCGGCGUGUGCCUGACCCAGUCCAUCCUGGCCGGGAUGUGGUGCGGCCGUCCGGGAGCCUCUUCAGCUGCCGACUGCCACCGCCCCGCCCGUCCGCCCCCGCUCGGGAGCGCCGCCCCCUAGCGGAGAAGGUUGGGAGGAGCUCCGCGCCCCACUUGCCACUCGACAACUUUGAGUUCAUUGCUAAGCGGCUGCGGCGCCGGGUGCUGUCGGGUCUUGCUGCUGAGUCCACUGGUGCGCUCGCUCCCUCGCUUCCUCGGUCCCUCCACAGCUCUCUCGGGCUUCGGUCCUCUCUGAAGUCACAACGGGUCUUUCCUUCUCCUCAUUCAGAGGAAACCAUGUCCAGGCUCAGCUGGGGCUACUGCGAACACAACGGUCCUGUUCACUGGAGUGAACUUUUCCCAAUUGCUGAUGGGGAUUAUCAGUCUCCGAUUGAGAUCAAUACCAAAGAAGUAAAAUAUGACUCUUCCCUCCGGCCUCUCAGUAUCAAAUAUGAUCCAGCCUCAGCUAAAAUCAUCAGCAAUAGUGGUCAUUCCUUCAGCGUGGACUUUGAUGACUCAGAAGACAAAUCAGUUCUAAGAGGAGGUCCUCUCAUAGGAACCUACAGGCUACGGCAGUUUCACCUUCACUGGGGCUCCACUGAUGAUCAAGGCUCUGAGCACACAGUAGAUGGAAUGAAAUAUGCAGCCGAGCUCCAUGUGGUUCAUUGGAAUUCCGACAAGUACCCCAGCUUUGUUGAAGCAGCUCAUGAACCUGAUGGAUUGGCUGUUUUAGGCAUUUUUUUACAGACUGGUGAACAUAAUCUUCAAAUGCAAAAAAUUACUGAUAUUUUGGAUUCCAUUAAGGAAAAGGGUAAACAGAUCCGCUUUACCAAUUUUGACCCAGCAACUCUACUUCCUCAAUCAUGGGACUACUGGACCUAUCCUGGGUCCCUUACCGUUCCACCUCUUUUGGAGAGUGUCACUUGGAUAGUUUUAAAGCAGCCUAUAACUAUCAGCUCUCAACAGGAUGGAGUAGACAUGGGCAUGUUUGUAAGCAGCAUGGAAAAAGUCAGUGGCUGAAGAGUGAAAAUAAUGAUAAUGGAGAAGAAGGGAAGGUGUGGAAUCAGUGAUGCCUGUAGAAGGACUGGCCUUGCAAGGAGAAGGGCUCUCGCUCCAUGACAUAAAAAAGUGGGGAAUGAAUAUAUCUGAGUGAUGUGAGAGGAAGAAGAGGAAGUUCUUAUCAAUUUUGGGUGGGGAAUACUAGAUGAUAUCUUCAGGAGAGAAGGCUUGCUGUGGGAGACUUGAGGAUAAGAUAUAAAAUAUAAAGGUAUAAAAGUUUUAAAUAAAAGAAUUAAAAUUUUUCAGGGGAAAGCCCUAGCAACUGUGGGAAGUGGAAUAAGCUUUCUCCAAAAGGUAGCAUAUUAUGCUAUAGAUUCUGAGGUGUAGACAAGGAGAGAAUAAAUUCCAAACAAAGACACAGACAGGAGAAUAUUAGCAAGGAAGCCACUUUGACUGAAGAGGAGAAUAUAUGUAGAAGAACCAUAUGCGGUAACUGGAGAAGUAGACAAUGGGCCUGCUUUUAGUUUCUCUUCACUCCAGUUUAAUAUUCCUAAGACACAUUGUAUGCCCUGUGAUUCUUUUUCAUUUUUAAAACCCUUACCUUCCAUCUUAGAAUCAAUACUUUGUAUUGGUUCCAAGGCAGAAGAGUACUAAGGGCUAGGCAAUGGGGGUUAAGUGACUUGCCCAGGGUCACACAGCUGGGAAGUGUCUGAGGACAGAUUUGAACCAAGGACUCCAUUUACAAGACUAACUAUUCAUCCAUUGAGCCACCUACCUACUCUCUUGCAGUUCUUUUGAUCAAAAGUCUUCUAUUGUUCCCCAUUGUCUAUAAGGAUAAAAUAUAAGCUCUUCAGUGUAACAUUUAAAGUCUCACACAAUGUGGCUCCCAUCUACCUUUCAGACUUAUUUUCAUACUACAGGUAUCCCUUCCACUUCAUUGGGAUUUGGGGUGUAGAGUCCCUGAAAUUUGAAAAAUCUUUGUACAACUUCUUGGCCCUCUCUGUACCAGAGAAGAAGUCUAACUUUUGCCUUUUUCUUUUAUGAAGUUGUUUACAAUACCUUAUAUGCAUUUAUGAGUUACUAAGCUUUUUUAAGGUAUCUCUACAUUUCUAGCCUUUGUGUGUUAUCUGCUAGCUUUCACAUUCCUUUAUGCAAAAUUUAAUCUUUUAAUUAUUUUAGCUUUAAAAAAUAAAUUAUGUAUAUUUAUGGUAUUAAAAGAUAAACUAUAUUCUGCAUGUAUUUGAUGCAUUUCUGUGUUUCUAAAUUUUUUCUGUUUUGUAUGCUGGCCUUCGCCUAUCAUCUUCGGCUUCCAUAAAGUUCCUAUUUAAUUUCUGAUGCUGACUUAUAAUAUAUCAAAACUGUGAUGGGGAAAGUCAUGAUUUGGAAGGGAUACUUCCUUUCAUGCAUUUUGGAUUCCUGUCAAAACAGGCCUAUUCAUGAAUUCAACAUCCUAUCUGCCAUCUGGGUCCUUUUGCAUAAGCCUGGAAUUCCUUCCUUUCAUUCCUAGAGGAAGCUUUUCCUGAUGUUCCUGUUUGUGUUCUCUCUCUUUAAAUUAUCUUGAGUUUGCUCAUUUGUAGUUAGAAUGUAUUCUCCUUUUCUUCCAGUAAAAUAAUUAAUACAAGUAUUUGUUUUAUUUUAUAUUUGUUUCCUAUGUGUUUACCCUAUUACCUAUCAGAUAAAGUAUUGUGCAGCACCUCCAGUAAAGGGGCAGGAAGGGGGAUUAUGGGGACCAAGAAGGAGCAGCCAGAUAGGAUGGAAACCAGGGGAACAGUUAUAUAAAGCUAGGGAGGAGAGAAUGUACAUGAAGAGUAGUGUUUUGUUUUUCAUAAGUACUAGUAGGUGCUUAAUUAAUUUUGCUGAAUUGAAUUAAAUGAUAAGGACAUCCUCCCUGCUCUGGACUCUGUCACCUUGAAGGUAGCCUUUUGAUGGGUGUCCUGUGCAAAGGUGUUGUAAAUAUGUGCAUAAAAGUGAUAAGAAUAAAAUCCAGCCUGUAUGGAUGUACUUCUUAGUAGCUAUAUGACCUUAGUCAAUUCACUUAACCUGAAAGAAAGCCUCAGUUUCUUCUGGAGAAUUAAAAAAGGUCCCUUCCAGAUCUUAAAUUCUGUGGUUUCUUGCCUUUAGUUGACUUUCUCCAGGUUGCCCUUCAGCCCUGCCACCAUCCAUAGGGCUAGGUAGAUCUGGGUUGUGACUUCUCAUUUACCAUACAGAAAGCAUAGAGAAUGACUGGUGUGCCCAGACCCUCCUAGUACCAUUAUAAGAGGACUCGGAACCAAGAGACUAGUUUCUUACAAGAACCCUGCUUCUGAGGAGUUUUGUGGCCUCAGGCAAAUUAUAUACAAUUUUAAACCUCAUUUCCUCCUCUAUAAAAUGGAUCUGGUUAUGAAUAUUCUACCUAAUUCAAAGGAUCGUUUUGAGGAUCAAAGUGAAUUAUGCUUAGUAUUCUAAAUUAGGAAAAGACCCCAAAGGCCAUCUGGUCCAACUGCUGUAUAAUCCUGAAAUCGGUGUACAAGUCCAUUGAAAAAUGCAAAAGAUUGUUAGCCUCCCAUUAGAGAUGAAAUAUAUUUCUGAUUAGAAUUGAUGCCCCAAAGUGAGUUAGGUGUUCCACCUUCCUUUUGAUCACAAGGAAUACUCAAAAGAAUGGACUAGUAGUUAGGAAAUGUGGAUUCUAACCUAAUUCUGCCACUGUGUAUAAUCUUGUAUACACUUCCUUUCUCUGGGUCAUGGUCUUCUCAUCCAUAAGGGUCUACCCAGCUCAAAAUUCGGUGACCUAACUGGAGUAUAAAAGCCUCUCCUGAUUCCUUCAGUUGUGACAGCACCUGUGUAUUUAUUUAUAAAACAUUUUGUAUUUACUUACCUGAAUAGAUGUCACUCCUCUAUUCCUCCUCCCACAAUAUGAAUAUAAGCUCCUUGUUUUUGUCUUUGUAUUCCUAGCACGUAGUAGGAUGCCUGGCACAUAGGCAGUUAUUCAAGUAGCAAGCAAACAUUUAUUAUGUGUAAUUUAUUUAAUAUUAUAAUAGUAAUUAAAAACAAACAAUAACAAAUAUUUAUUUAAUAAUAUAUACAUUAUAUAUGUUAUUAUACAUUUACUAUAUAUAAGCACUAUGCUAAGAGUUGGAAUACAAAGACAAGAAUAAAAAAAUCUCCAGCAUUCGUGAAACUUGAAGUAGCAAGAAUUUGUUGAAUCAAAUUCUAGAUAUUAGGAUGAAAGAGCUCAGGUUAUAGAGAUGUAGAAUCUGCAUUCAAAUCCUAGCCCUGCUACUAAAGACCUGUGUGACUUUGGGCAAGUCAGUCACCAUCUAGACUCUAUUUUUCUUAUCUGUCAAAUGGCAUAGUAAUGCUUGAUAGAAUAAUAAUUAUUAUAUAGAAUACUAUCUUGCUUAUAGAGUCAUUGUAAAGAAAGCAUUCUGGAAGUCUUACAGGGGUUCCUAGGUGGGAGCUUUUCUUAUCCUGUAAUUAAAACGGAAUAUACUUGGGCAUUGAGGAAAAUGCUGUGGGGUAGUAGUGUCCUAUUUUUUUCUUGUUUUGGUACAAAACUACAAGCAGAGUAUUAAAAUCAUUAGAGUCCAUUCAUGAAGAGAUACAUUUUCCUUUCUGCCCUCAGACUGUAGACAGGAGCACAGAGCUUCCCAUUCACCAAGGUUCUUUCUAGUGUGAACAGGGAAGCCUUCUCUGGUACAGAGAGCCCUUCUGAGACUGGCAUUGUUAUGAGUUGGUUUAACCUUUGGGAAAUGUUUUGGUGUAACGGAACGAAAACCAGACUAGAACUCAGGAGACCCGAUUCCAGCCCUGCCUAACUUAUUUAAGGCAUAUAUGCCAUUUUGGCAAACAACUUCCCCUCUUUGGCUCCAUUUUCUUUAUCUGUAAGGGAGAAAACAAACACUGAAGGGCCUACUAAGUGCCAGGCACUGGGCUAAACACUAAAUAUAAAUAUUGUCUCAUUUGAUCCUCACGCAAACCCUGGGAGGUAGGUGCUAUGUUUAUUCCCUUUUUAUAGUUGGGGAAACUGAGGUAAAUAGCAGUGAAAAACCUAGUCAGGGUAUCCUAGCUAGUAAAUAUAUAAAGCUGGAUUUAAAUUCAUAUUUUCCUGCCUCCAGGCCCAGUCCUCCAUCCUCUUUACCAGCUACCUGUCUCUAAAAAUUUGUAAAAUAAAGGGGUUGAAUUAAAUGACUUCUACAGCCCCACUUAGUUUUAUUCCCCAUGAUGGAAUGAGAUAAUCCUUCUCAUAUCUCCUGUCUUGCUAGGCUAUCCUGGGAGAAAAGCUUUCCCAACCUUCAAGCAUUAUAUGAAUGAAACCCCUUAAUCUUAGUGCCUUCUCUCUGACGUUAUUUCCAGUUUAGACUGACUGCAUAGUGGUUUCACAUCGUCGCUUGGGUAUCAGCUUUCCUGUUACACUGAACUCCUUAAAAGCAAAGACAGUCUUUUGGCUUUUUUCUUUAUCUAGCACUUAGCCAGCAAUGCUAGUUGAGUAGUAAUGAUGAUAAAGUUAGUGUGUCGGGAGAGAACUUUCUGGCACUAGCCUACUUAUCUUUCCUAAUGAAGAGUAAGUAAUGGUAGGAGAUGGCACCCCUGGAAAUUCUGCCUAGCAUCCUCACAUCAUCCAGACUUGCCUCUUCAUAAAGUCUUAUCACCUCUAAUCAAGGAAAAGACAUUAGGGAACAUUUUUCUCUUGGGCUGCAAAUAUGGACCAUUUUUCCAUUGGAUGUUCCUCAGAACUGUUAUCCAUGUCCUUGGGAUGGGAGGCAGUGUAGUACAAUGGAAAGCAUACUUAACUUUAGAGUAAACAGACCUGGGUUCAUAUCCUAUCUCUGACACAUUGCUGGUGUGACCUUGGAAAAGUACCUUAACAUCAGUUUCCUCAUCUACAAAAUGGGGGAUUGACUUAGAUGGCCUCCAAGGCUCCUUCCACUCUAACUCUAUGAUCCUAUGAUCCCGUGAUCCUGGUUGAGGCAAAAGACUUAGGAAAGUUUGUUUAACCUUGCAGUUGAAAUCUGAGGAGCCAAUGCUCAAUUGAGAUGGCAACUACCCAUUGAAUGUUUUCCAGCUAUAUCACAUUGAUUGCAACAUUACAAAAAGUCCCUUUAGCUGAUUCAGUGUACUUUUUUAAAGAAAUUCCAUUUUUCUCCUGUCUCGUGUGUCCUAUUUAUUCCUUUUCACCAGGAUAUGACUAAUUAAUAAGACAGAGUGACCUGAUUCUACCAUACUUCAGAAGUGGCAUAAUUCUUUAAAGCUGCUUGGAAAAUGACCAGCCAAUCAUUUAGAAGAGAAUAUGUCAUAGGAUUAUAGAUGUAGAGCUGAGAGCCUCUUGGAGGUCAUCCAGACCAACUGCCUCAUUUUUUCAGAGGAGGAAACCAAAGCCCAGAGAUAUUCAAUGACUUGCCCAAGGUCAUGAAGGUAAAGUGGUAAAGCAGCAAAAUUAUCAUCACUUUCAUCUUUUUUGCAUACAAAACCACUUCUAUGAAUAACACCUUGGUAGAUUUUAAAGCAAUUUUAGCUCUUCAAUUAUAGAAUUAUGAGGUAGUCUUAGUUUGCACAAAACUUAUCUUUGAGGGACACUUGAUUAAUGGAUGGGACACAAAAUCCACAGAAUGGCUGUUCUCCAUCAUGAAUGACCCAAAGAAUAAAUGCAGGGUAGAAUACUACUAUGAUUAAUUUUUUUGCUUUGAAAUACUUUAAUAUGAAUAUUUUUAAGUCAUUUAAAAAUUAGCAAAAUUUUCUAGAAAUUUCCAUUCUUUACUGAGACUGAGAUUCUUCCCCCCCCCUUUUUUUAGAAUGUUUUUCCAUGGUUAGACGAUUCAUGAUUUCCCCUCUCUUCCUUUCCCUCCCCACCUAGAGCUGACAAGUAGUUUCACUGGGUUAUACAUGUAUCAUUGUUCAAAACCUAUUUCCAUGUUAUUCAUAUUUGCAGUAAAGUGAUCUUUUAAUAUCAAAAUCCUAAUCAUAUCUAUAUCGAACUACAUGAUCAAUCAUAUGGUUUUCUUCUGUGUUUCUGUUUCACAGUUCUUUUUCUGGAUGUGGAUAGCCUUAUUUCUCACAAAUUCCUUUGGAUUUUCCUGGGUCAUUGCAUUGCUCUUGAGACUGAGAUUCUUUUUAAGGGUAGUGUUUAAAUCCACUACAAUAUAGAGUUUAGAGCUCUACUAAGAAAUAGGUGUUCAGCUUUUUAUUUUUUUUCCAAAAUUUAUUAAUAUUGUUUUUAUAUCUCUUUCAUUUCUAAAUAUAUCCCAUUGCUCCAUUGUACCACACAAGUCACCUCCUAUAACAAAGGAAUAAAAAGAAAGGACAAAAAACAAAUUAGUCAAAUUAAACUAAAAUAUCAACUGAGCCUAGAUGAUACAGAUAGUGUUCCCUACCUCUUCUAAGAAAGGAGGUAGAAAGGUUACUUUCAUUUUUAAAAAUGUAAAACAUAAUUGAAUAGAUUUGGCAUUGUUGAGAAUAUUUUUUAUGUACUUGUUUAAUUCUUUUUAUGAGAGAGAGAGAGAGAGAGAGAGCUAAUAACUGAGGCAAAGUCCUUUUUUCCAUAGGUGCUCUUUCCUUCUGACAUACACAAAACUACAUACCUUUAUUCAUAAAUGAGGAUAUGUGGUACAUAGUGUCAGCAAUAUAAAGUUGGUAUUUUCAUUAAUGUUAUGGAAAUGGCAUAUUUUGAAGCUAUGCUUUAAAACACCUUAAACUCAACAUCAUGCCUUAAAAGAAAAAAAAAGAAAAGUAAGAGUUUUUUUUUAUUUUAAAUUUUUUUAGGAGUCCUGUUAAAAAGUUUGUAUUUUUCCUUCUCAACCUCCAAAGCUAUUCCUUGAAAACUGAGCAUUUUUGUUAUUGAACCCCUUUUUUAUUCCACCAUAUAAUGUUAUGAGUAGGGAAAACUUAUUUCUUUUUAUUCAGGAAGUUAGUGUCAAACAUUUCCCCCCUGAGCUUUACCACUUUUCUACCUUGCUAACCGAAGCUGUGACCUGAAGUACAGAUCAGGUUUUUCAUCUCCCUUCUCCUGACUCCAACCCAUUUUUCUUCCCUGGAUUGAAACACUUAAGUGCUAAAGUCUUGAUCUAAUUAACAUUCCAGCGAGAAGAUUUACUGUUUUCUAAUACUUUAGAGGACAUAUUUUUCAUUCUCCUCAUUAAUGCAGUUCUACUGCCAAGGACUAAAGUUGUGAAUUUUGAUCACCUAGGUUGUCUGAAUUGGCUUUCUCUAUGAAAUUCACUGGAACAAAUUGCUCAGCUUUCUUCAGCUUUCUUCUGCUUUGUUAUAUUUUUUUAUUUUGUUUUUCUGUUAGUGAUAUUAAAGCUAUGUGUUCUCACAUAGAUCCAAAUGAUAUAUAGUUUUUGCAUCUGACCUUUUCUUCUAUGUGACAAAGCAUGGAUUAAAGGAGGAAAUCAUCCACUGUAAAAUUUCAUUCAAAGAAUAUGAAAUUCAGCAAAAAUAUUCCUUUUGAAUUAAAUAUGUACAGUAUGGGACAGUGAUGAAUGCUCCCCAAAUAAUCAUUUGGAAGGAUGCUGAAAAGCCAGCUUUUCUUUUAAUUAAUUUCCUGAGAAGUCUUUACAAAGGAUUAAGAAACAUUCUAAUAACUACAUGGGUGUGUUACUGUUUCAGGAAUUUAGAACUUAAAGAGUUUUGAGCCAAGAAGAAAAAUUGGUGAGAUUUUCUUCUUAGUCACAUUGGUUGUUCCUAAAUCAUUAGGAAUUCUCUUUCUCAACUUUUAUCUAUGAAGACUUAGUUUAAUCUAAGUAAAUUAUUAUACUGUUGUAAACAUCAGUAUCCAGCUCUUCCUUCUACUGUCUAUAUGUCAGGAAAAUGUAAACUCCUUGAGGGCUAGAAUGGUUUACUUUCUGACUUUGCAUCCCUAGUAUCUAGUGCCAUGCAUGUAAUAGGUGCUUUGUCAAGGUUAGUUGAAUAUGUCACAGUGUAUCACACAGACGUAUAUACCAGAUUAUUAAUUGUGGGUCUUACAGACUUAGAGAAAACAGUGUUCAUUUAUUUGAAAGGAUUUCCUUUCCCUAGCCCAUUUUGGCUGCCACUACAUAAUUUUUGCUUUGGUCCCUAUUUGAUAAAUUACCCUGCUGAUAUCUAGACUAGAUUUCAGCCAUAAGGUGACUCGCAAACUCAGUGAGUUAAAGUACUUAAUCUUGAUAACUUAAGCUUCACCCCUAAAUCAAGAAUCUCUUCUUUGUUACAUACUACAUUUUUCUCAAUUUUAUAAUUUUAUAACACAGCGUUGGUGUGAACAACAGGGUUGAAUAUAUAUAUAUAUACACACACACACACACACACAUAAAACACAUAUAUAUGUAUAUAUUCUCUCUAUAUAUAUUUUAAUUUUUAGUUUUUUUUACAACUCUUACCUUCCAACUUAGAAUCAAUACCAUGUAUUGGUUCCAAGGCAGAAGAGAGAUAAAGGCUUGACAAUGGGGGUUAAAUGACUUGUCCUGGGUCACACGGGUAGGAAGUAUCCGAGGCCAGAUUUGAACCUACGACCUCCCAUCUCUAGACUUGGUCUCACUUCACUGAGCCACCCAGCUGCCCUCUGGAAAUAUAUUUUUGAGGAAAUAUUUUUUAGUAACUGUGAAAAAGCAAGAGUUUAUCAAAUACUCUAUGUGUUAUAUUCAAUGCUUGGCAAAAAGAAUACAAUGUAGUGAAUGAAAAUCUUUAUUCACAAGGAAUUUAAAUUCUCAGUUAUUCAGAUAAUUUGCAAGCCUGUUUGAUUUGUUUACCAAACUUGGCCUGUCUUAAGAUGCUGGACAUACUAUUAAACAUAUAAAAGAGUAAAAUUUUAAAAAUUACUACCCCCCCCCCAGAUAAUUCAUUAUUUGAAUAGUAAAACAUCACCAAAAGUUGAAUGGCAUUAAGCUUUUUUCCAUCCUCAUGUUUUACUUAUUUUUUUAAAAAAUUGAAUACAAGGAUGGAAAUGGCAAAAAAAUUUGUAUUUUGGAAUACAUUCCAGUUAGGGGGAAAAUCAUAUAUUGAUAUUUGAAAUAAUUUUUAAAAACAUGUUAAAUAUGGCAAGGAAAAAACCAAGCUGUAUUCUAUUUUAGCCAAGGCUUGCCAAAGACAAGAAUUUCUGGUUGGAGAGAGGUCCAGAGUUCUCUCCAGUAAUCUGAAUAUACACUUUCUUCCAGGCAACUUGCCAAGUUAUAUUUUAUAAUGGUCAUAUAACAAAGGACAAAGUUCUAUAGCAAAGUAAAAUAGAGAUACAUAGUCUAAGUGUAAGGUUUUUUGUUUUACUAAGCAGAACAAGAGGAAUGUUAAUACCAGCUGCUGGUAUCUUUGGAACAAAUGCCUUUCAGAAACCAAUCAUUCCCUCUUUAGCUGUCCCGCUUUCGACCUGGCCAAAAGUGAACAGGGAAAUACAUCUCCGAUUUGAAUUAAAUGAAGUUUGGUCACUAUAAAUGAGAGUAUCUCCUAAUUUCAGGGAAUUGUGUUCCCUCCCUGAAACUGAUAAAGCAAUCAUAAUAGCUAAAGUUUAGAAAGUGCUUCAAGGAUUGCAAAACCCUUAACUUAUAUUAUUUCAUCUGAUCCUUAUGAUAACUCUGUGAGGUGCGUACUCUGACGAUCCCUAUUUUACAAGUAACAGAACUUUGGAGGAGAAAUGUUAGGCACCUUUGAUAGGGACCUGCCAGGGUCAUGUAGGUGGCUUCUGAUGCAGGAUUAGGAUAGAGUCAAGUAUUCAAGGAAGACUGAUUAAAACUUUGUUUCAAAUGAGACCAAAGGCCCUGCCAUAUAUGAUUUCUUCUUAUAUGCAACUUGAUGGAGUCACAGUUAGGAGACAUCUUAGACACAAACUGGCACAAAUUCCUAAUUUUUUUAUAUGAGAAAAUUGACCCAGAGAAACUUAACAUCGAUCAGGAUAGAGUUUGACCAGCAUGCUGGAUUUGUGACCCUGGGCAGGUCAUUUAACUUUUCAGUACUCUAGCUGACAUCUACUCUUGAAAUCUGUUUCCUAAGAUGUCAGGAAAUUGUGAUCUACAAAGAUGGAGGAAUGAAUGAAAUGCAUUUCAAUUGGAUGAAUGAAUUCCUUUACAUGAAUAAAUGAAAAACACUUUCUUUGUACAGUAGGCCCCUGGUAUCCACAGAGAAUACAUUCCAAAUCCUACUGUGGAUGGCUGAAACCACAGAUAAAAGUGAACUCCUGCUAACCCCAUAGAUAACAUGAUUUUCUUGUAUAUACAUAUAUAAUAAAGCUUAAUUGGUAAAUUAAGCUCACACUUAAGACAUUAUCAAUAUCAAAUAUAGCUAUUAGUAGUACGUAGUGCAUUAUUAUGGAAUAUAGUACAGUAGUUCCUCUUUGCCUUUUGGGGAUAUGUUCCAAGACCCCUCCAGUAGAUGCCUGAAACUGAGGACAGUUUCUGCUUUAUUUUUUAACUUUUAACAUCUAUGUUAACUUUAUUAUAUAGUAUUGUGCUCUUCCCCCCAGCUUCUGUCCCUCCCCUCAGCACUCUGUGGCUUCCCAGCUUCCUUCCCCCCAAAAACACCCUAAAAAACUUCUUCAGGUGAAAGCAUUAGAACUAAAGUGGGGAGAGUCAGAAGCUGAAGGCAGACCAGUGCUGGCCAACCUCCCUCAUUGGAUGGCAGCUCCCUUCCUGCCUCCCUUCUUUCCCUGCAAUGACCAUGAGUAACUGAAACUCUGGAAAGCAAAACCCCAGAGAAGUGGGAACUGCUAUACAAUGUCAUAGAUACCUGAAAGAAGUACAGAACCAAUAACUAAUUUGAUUAAUGAUUUCAUUUUAGAUUCCAUGGCAUGAAGCUAUCUGUGUAGCUACCAAAUGUACUAAGAAACAAUUUGUUUCCUAAUGAAAUCUUUCUAACUUUUCUUCAUAUCUUUCUGGUUUAAAAAAUUGGUGUUUUUACAUAAUAAUUAUUUCCUGAUAUACCCAAUUCCCACUGAACCCUUCCUUGAAACAAUGAAAAAUAAUUAAGCAAGAACAACAAAAGGUAAGAUCUGACAAGAAAUACAACAUUCUACACCUUGAAUCUUCCACCUCUCCAAUGAGAGAAACGAAGUAUGUUUUCCUAUGCUUUAUGACUAAGGCCAGUCACUGUAAAUACUAACUUCAUGUCUUUUUAAAAAUGUAACUGUAAUCUUUUGUGUAGGUCAAAUAAAAGCUCAAGUGGACUUUGACUCUCAAGUAGAUAG